AUGUUUAUCGGUGUUGAUAUCGGGCUGGAAGAUGCCUCGGCAGAUUAACUAACCCGGCCCGAACAAGGUUAGCUUCGGGAUCGGCCAACGCUCCCCGCAAAAAGGCCCUAGGAAUUGCCGAAACCCUAACUGCGAAUCCCUUCUUCAUCGUUCUUCGCAUCCAACCUCAACACGGGGUUUGUUUUCGCUCUCACGUUGCUAAACCACAUUCCUUACGUCUAUUGGGCUAUUUGUUUCUAUUCCUUCUGGUUUCUGCAGUAUAUUUGCGUGUUUACGUCUCCGGUUGUCUGUUUUCCUGUCAAAGUCUAGUAACAAUAAUGCCGGCAAAAUCACCGUAUCCUUUGUUAGACAUACCAAAUGUCGAUCUAUGGACUCUUCUGUUUGAAAAUAAGGAGCGGCCUUUCCCUGAUGACCAAGUGAUAUUCCAGGAUGCCGACACCCUCCGAUCAUACACCUAUGCCCAGGUGAAGUCCACAGCCCUUGAAUUUGGAAUGGGCCUCAAGGCUGCCUGGGACUGGAAAAAGGGCGAUGUUCUAGCAAUCAUCUCGCCCAACAGCAUCGACAUGCCCCCCGUAAUAUGGGGGACCCACUGGGCCGGCGGCAUCGUCUCCCCAGCCAACCCAGCAUAUACCGUAGAUGAGCUGGCCUUCCAGCUCAAGGGGAUAAAAGCCAAAGCGCUCGCUACCCAAUUAGCGCUCGUGCCAACCGCCAAGGCCGCCGCGAAGCUGGCCGGUAUUCCGGAAAACCGUAUCAUCUUGCUGGGUGAUGCGCGGGAUCCGAGUGCGAAGUUCAAGCAUUUCACCUCUGUGCGGAAUAUAUCUAAGGCUACAAGAUAUCGCAAGACACGCAUCGACCCUGCGAAGGAUCUGGCGUUUCUGUCAUUUAGUUCGGGCACGACGGGCGUGCCCAAGGGGGUGAUGCUGUCGCAUCGGAAUAUUGUUUCGAAUAUCAUGCAGUUUACAGCAGGAGAAGCGGGCAACCUGACCUGGCACAGCGAUAAAGUGUUGGCGUUUUUACCAUUCUUCCACAUAUACGGCCUGACGUGUCUGAUCCACAAAUCCAUGUACACCGGCGUGCACAUGGUCGUCAUGUCCAAAUUCGACAUCGAAAAGUGGUGCGCCCACGUCCAAAAUUUCCGCAUCACCUUCUCCUACGUCGUACCCCCAGUCGUCGUUCUCCUCGCCAAACACCCGGCCAUCGACAAAUACAAUCUCUCUUCCCUACGACUGCUGAACUGCGGCGCCGCCCCGCUCAGCCGCGAGCUCGUGGAGGCCAUGUCCGCGCGCAUCAAGACGGGUGUCAAGCAGGGCUACGGCCUUAGCGAGACCAGCCCUACAACCCACACGCAGGCGUGGGCUGAUUGGGAUAAAUACAUCGGCUCAGUAGGCCGCUUGCUACCCAACCAGGAAAUCAAGUACAUGACUUCGCCCGACGACGGGAGCGAGCCCGUCGAACUACCCAUUGGGAAGACGGGGGAGAUCUACAUACGCGGCCCCAACGUGUUUCUGGGAUACCUGAACAACCCGUCGGCGACGGCUGAGUGUCUUUCGCCCGACGGCUGGUUCCGAACGGGCGAUGUCGGACACCAGGAUGAACAUGGUAAUCUAUACAUCACCGAUCGCGUCAAGGAGCUUAUCAAGUACAAGGGUUUCCAGGUUGCGCCGGCAGAGCUUGAAGGCGUUCUUGUGAAGAACGAGGCGAUUAGCGACGUUGCUGUCAUUGGCAUGGAGAGCGAAGAGCAUGGCUCCGAGGUGCCGCUCGCGUAUGUUGUGUUGAAAGACAAGGUGGCAGGAAACGAGGCUGCGGCAGAGGCGGAGAAGAUCAUGAAGUGGCUUGCGGAUAAAGUGGCGCCGCAUAAAUGGCUGCGUGGAGGAGUGAAGUUCAUUGAUGAGAUUCCUAAAAGCGCUAGCGGCAAGAUUUUGAGACGUGUGCUGAAGGAGCGCGCGAAGGGAGAUGCUGACGGCCCGGUGAAGGCGAAACUAUAAAAAGCCAGUCUAGCUCUCGUUUGGAUUUUUCAUUCUUUUGACUCUCCUUCGGGCGACUUCAAAUUCGGCCGCUGGCUUUUGACCCAAAGUUCCCUGUGCAGCUGUUAGAUAGUAAAGAUUCUUCAUUCAGUACCCCCUACAGCUAGAUCAAGUAUCAUCGUCUUCUUGUGUUUUCUCAUCGAAUGAUACGAGUUAUUUAAGGAUUUAAAGAUAACUUCCCCAAACACGUGUACGUACAAUGAAAUAACGAGAGGCCUGGCACAAAAAAUAUUAAAGUAUCUAAUUAAGAAAGUAAAUCUAACUAAGAUAUAACUAUUAAUUUUGCAAAAAGAUGUCUCCCUAUUAUCCAACUUCAUCAAUAUUUAUCCAUAAUAAAACGGAAAAAAUGACCUCGUUCAGAGGUCAGAUGAAGCUUUCCACCCAUCUACAAAAUUACAUGUUCGCUUUCUCCCUCCCUCAAAACGAGGAAAAUCUGUUCAAGUACCCCAAAAUCACCCCAAAUUUCCCUCUUUCUGCCCUUUCCUUCAAAGGUCGCUCAUGGCUCGCAAUAAUUAUGAACCUUAACCUCGCUGCAAAGCUUAUGGGCUGGCUUGUGCGGGUAACCGUCGCAAAGGACAUCGCACUCGGUACCUGGGGGGGUGAAAACAAGAAAUUCAUAGCCUGGGAAUGGCAGGCGGAAAUUCUUGUGAUCAUGGCUAUAAUGGCUAGACUUGUAGCCAGCGCGGCAGGCGCAGUAGUAGGAGUGGCCUGUGCCGAUACAGGAAGUGGUUGGAUGACAGCGAUUUGCGCCUGAGAGGGGGUCACAGACAGGGCACCAUGGGUGUUUGUCGUGCUCGUCAUGCUUGUUGCACCACUUAUUCCAGAGCUCCCAAUCAUACUUCUC